CUCUCUCUCUCUCUCUCUCGCGUGCGCUCCGUAUUUGCGGAGGAUGCUGUUGCGGCUGCUGUUCUGACGGGACUCACACUACAAACAAGCUCAACUCUCUCUCACACACACUGAGGACUGAGGACUCAGGAGAGAAGACAUAACACACAUACACACGCACCACACACAGCCCAGGAGCUGCGCGCGCGUUUUCCAAACGAGUGGUGUUACUGCACAGAGCGGCAUCACCAUGCAAGACACAGAGGUGAGUGUGUGUGAGCUCCAGCCCAACAUCAUCUCUGUGCGCCUGUUCAAGCGCAGAGUGGGUGGUCUGGGAUUCCUAGUGAAGCAGCGUGUGUGCAAACCCCCCGUAAUCAUCUCGGAUCUAAUCCGGGGUGGUGCGGCCGAGGAGUGUGGCCUGGUCCAGGUGGGCGACAUCGUACUCGCCGUCAACAACAAGCCGCUGGUGGACAUGAGCUACGAGCGUGCACUGGAGACGCUCAAGAACGUCUCGCCUGAGAGCCAUGCCGUCCUCAUCCUGCGUGGCCCAGAGGGCUUCAGUACGCACCUGGAGACCACGCUGAGCGGAGACGGACGGCCACGGACAGUGCGCGUCACCAAGCCGGUGUCAGCCCGGGCGUGUCAGCGCUGCACACCCAAGGAGCUGAGGGCCAUCGAGAACCUGGCGUCAUCGUCCUCCACUUCGUCCUCUUCCACCUCCUCGUCAACAGCACGAAAGGAGCCCAAAAGUUUGAUCCCGCUGAGCGGGCCGGACACGUUGCUUAACGGUGUGGAGGAAAGCAACGAGCUGCUGAAGGAGAUCGAGCCUGUGCUUAAGCUGAUCAAGAACAACAGCAAGAGGGACGUGAAUGGAGAGGGACAGAGGGGUGUGGAGAAGAGGGACGCCGAAGUGCAGGUGGAAAGAGACCUCGGUGUGGGAAUAAACAGCAAUACCCAGCUGGCCUCUGAUAACGACAGAGUGUUUGAUGACCUCUGGAGGAAGGACAACAUGCCUACGGUGCUCAACAACCCGUACUCAGAAAGUGACAAGCCACCGUCCCAAGGCAGAGUGUCUCCCACUAAGACCCCACAAAAUGGGAGUCCAACAAAAUGCCCCAGGUUCAUGAAGGUAAAGAAUUGGGAGAGCGGCGUGGUGUACAAUGACAUACUCCAUCACAGCUGCAGCAAGGUGCCAAUUUGCAACGAAAGAGUGUGUAUAGGCUCAGUGAUGACACCAAGCAUGAGAAGUAAACCAGAUGAAGUUCGAACCAAAGAUGAGCUGCUACCAUUGGCUACAGACUUCAUCAACCAGUACUACACUUCAAUAAAAAGGUGUGGAUCCAAAGCACAUGAGGACAGACUGGAGGAGGUGAAAAAGGAGAUUGAAACUUCUGGAACAUACCAGCUUAAAGACACAGAGCUAAUCUACGGAGCCAAACAUGCUUGGAGGAACGCUGCUCGCUGCGUAGGGAGGAUCCAAUGGUCCAAACUACAGGUGUUCGAUGCUCGAGACUGCACAACAGCACACGGAAUGUUUAAUUACAUCUGCAAUCACAUCAAAUAUGCCACUAACAAAGGCAACCUCAGGUCAGCUAUCACCAUUUUUCCCCAGAGGACAGAUGGGAAACAUGAUUUCCGGGUGUGGAAUAGCCAACUGAUCCGCUACGCUGGCUACAAGCAGCCUGAUGGCUCUGUUCUGGGAGAUCCUGCUUCCCUGGAGCUCACUGAGAUCUGUAUACAGCAGGGAUGGAAAGCGCCCAGAGGCCGGUUCGAUGUCUUGCCCCUUUUGCUUCAAGCAAAUGGCAAUGAUCCAGAGCUGUUUGAGAUCCCUGACGAUCUCGUGCUGGAAGUCAACAUCACACACCCGAAGUUCGAAUGGUUCAAGGAGCUGAAUCUGAAGUGGUACGGCUUGCCUGCUGUGUCCAACAUGCUGUUAGAGAUCGGAGGCUUGGAGUUCCCCGCCUGCCCCUUCAGUGGCUGGUACAUGGGUACCGAAAUCGGCGUCCGGGACUUCUGUGACAGUUCGCGCUACAACAUCUUAGAGGAAGUAGCCACAAUGAUGGGGCUGGACACCAGGAAGACAUCCUCUCUGUGGAAAGACCAGGCAUUGGUGGAAAUCAAUAUUGCUGUUCUCUACAGUUUCCAGAUGUCCAAGGUGACCAUCGUGGACCAUCACUCAGCCACAGAGUCCUUCAUGAAGCACAUGGAGAAUGAAUACCGUGUGAGAGGUGGAUGCCCAGGUGACUGGGUGUGGAUCGUUCCUCCAAUGUCGGGCAGCAUAACGCCUGUCUUCCACCAGGAGAUGCUCAACUACCGGCUUACACCUUCCUUUGAAUACCAGAGUGACCCCUGGAACACUCAUGUGUGGAAAGGAGUGAAUGGCACUCCCACCAAGAAAAGAGCGAUCGGCUUUAAGAAACUCGCUAAGGCUGUGAAAUUCUCGGCUAAGCUGAUGGGUCAGGCCAUGGCAAAGCGAGUCAAGGCCACCAUAUUGUUUGCCACUGAGACGGGGAAAUCACAGGACUAUGCAAAGACCCUCUGUGAGAUUUUCAAGCACGCUUUCGAUGCGAAGGUCAUGUCAAUGGAAGAGUACGACGUUGUGCACUUGGAGCAUGAGACAUUGGUCUUGGUGGUCACCAGUACGUUUGGUAACGGAGACCCGCCUGAGAACGGAGAGAAAUUUGGUGCGGCAUUGAUGGAGAUGAGACACCCAACCACCAGCACAGAGAGAAAGAGCUACAAGGUGCGCUUCAACAGCGUCUCUUCAUACUCGGACACUCGGAAGUCCUCCAGCGAUGAACCUGAGCAUAAACCCCACUUUGAGAGCACAGGACCGCUCGCUAACGUCAGGUUCUCUGUGUUUGGCCUUGGCUCGCGGGCCUACCCACACUUCUGUGCAUUUGCCCACGCUGUGGACACGCUGUUCGAGGAGCUCGGAGGAGAGCGCAUACUCCGCAUGGGUGAGGGAGACGAACUGUGUGGCCAAGAGGAGGCCUUUAGAACCUGGGCCAAAAAAGUCUUCAAGGCUGCCUGCGAUGUUUUUUGUGUCGGUGACGAUGUGAACAUUGAGAAGGCGAAUGAUUCACUGAUUAGUAAUGACCGCAGCUGGAAAAAGAGCAAGUUCCGCAUGACAUACACAGCUGAAGCACCAACACUAACGCAAGCUCUUUACAGCAUUCACAAGAAGAAGGUGUACGGCGCCAAGUUCCUGAUGAGACAGAAUCUUCAGAGUGUCAAGUCAAAUCGAUCUACCAUAUACGUCCAGCUCCACGCCAACAACCAUGAGAGUCUCAAAUACCUGCCUGGAGACCAUUUGGGCAUCUUCGCUGGCAACAACGAAGACCUGGUAACGGCUCUGAUCGACAAACUAGAGGAUGCGCCUCCUGUCAAUCAAAUCGUGAGGGUGGAGUUUCUAGAGGAGAGGAACACAGCAUUGGGAGUCAUCAGUAACUGGACGGAUGAGAGUCGGAUUCCUCCGUGCACCAUUUAUCAAGCGUUUAAAUACUUUCUGGACAUCACGACCCCUCCCAGCCCUCUGCUUCUGCAACAGUUCGCUCCUUUAGCCACCAAUGAGAAACAGAGGAAGAGACUAGAGGUGCUCAGCAAGGGUCUACAGGAGUAUGAAGAGUGGAAGUGGUACAAUAACCCCACCAUGGUGGAGGUAUUAGAGGAGUUUCCAUCUCUGCAGGUGCCCUGUACACUUCUCCUUACCCAGCUGCCCCUGCUUCAGCCACGCUACUACUCCAUCAGCUCCUCACCAGACCUCCACCCAGGCGAGAUCCACCUCACCGUGGCCGUGGUCUCCUACCGCACUCGGGACGGAGCUGGUCCCAUACACCACGGAGUGUGUUCGUCCUGGCUCAACAGCUUAGAGAUGGACGAAAUGGUGCCAUGCUUCGUCAGAGGAGCCCCAACCUUCCGCAUGCCAAAGGACAGCAACGUCCCAUGCAUCCUUAUUGGACCAGGAACAGGCAUCGCCCCCUUCAGAAGCUUCUGGCAACAGAGACUUUAUGACCUUGAAAAUAAGGGCAUCAAGUCUUGUCCAAUGCUCCUGGUGUUCGGGUGUCGACAGUCGCAAAUGGAUCACAUCUACAAGGAGGAGACUAUCCAGGCCAAGAACAAGGAAGUGUUUCAAGAACUCUACACUGCUUACUCACGAGAGCCUGGAAGACCAAAGAAAUAUGUUCAGGAUGUCCUUCGUGAGCAGUUAUCUGAGACGGUAUAUCGAUGUUUGAGAGAGGAAGGGGGACACAUUUACGUGUGUGGGGACGUGACCAUGGCUGGAGAUGUGCUGAAAACCAUCCAGCAGAUCAUCAAACUACACGGCAACAUGUCUCUGGAGGAUGCUGGGUUCUACAUCAGCAAACUAAGGGAUGAAAAUCGUUACCAUGAAGACAUUUUUGGCGUUACUCUGCGUACGUACGAGGUGACGAACCGGCUGAGGUCAGAGUCCAUUGCGUACAUCGAAGAGAGCAAGAAAGACUCAGAUGAGGUGUUUUGUUCAUAAAGCCUCGUUUUGUUACCGGAUUUCCGGAUUUCAGGAGCGACAAUGAGACCCUCCCCCAAAAAAAAAAAAAAAAAAAAAAAAACAACUGCUACUUAAGAAAACUGUGCCAAGUUUGUCUUUUUUCAGUUCUUAUGUUUUCACUCUUUGGUAGUUUUUACUGCAUUUGUGUGGUCAGAAUCAGCACGUAUAAUAUUAAUUACUUUUUUUUAUUUUCUUUGCUGGAAAUCUUUCCAGAAUGCACUUUUUAUCUCAUGUAUGUACAUGUAUCUUUUUUCUUCUUUAUGAAUAAGCUGUGCACAUCAGGCACCUAAAUUCAAUCUGCCUAUUGUGGAUGCAUGACCAAGACCCAUGAUGUCAAGUCCUGAUAUAUUAUCAUGUAUAAACAUAGCUGUUAAGUGUUAGUAAUAAAUGGUUUAGCUUUGAGUUUAGUCUGCAAACGGGUCACUGUGCACAUCAUAUUGUGUCUGGAUCAGGAGCUACAAAUGACACCACUGAUAGAUUUUCAGUGUUUUAUCAAUGCUGAUUUAAAUGCAUGCUCUGUGAUUUCUGAUCGAAAUAGUGCCAGCUUCAGCACCGAUGCUAGAUCAUCAUCACAAAUGAGUGCAUUAAACCAAACUGGACUGCAACACAACCAUUUUGUAAAGAGAAAAAAAAAGCCUGCUCUUUUGUGAGUCAUCAUAUCGUGUCUGGUUUGAGUCGUUCGUGAAAGAAAGGUGAAGGAAUGGAUAAAGAAGUCUAGCAUUUUCUGCAACUCUGAGUUUUGUCACGUCUCAGACAUUGGCUGUGCCAAAAGCUUUUGUGAUACAUUUGCACAUGUUGUCCGUGUGUUUCCACAGAUUUGUCUCACUCUCCCCAUCUUAAAAAAAGAACUGAAAGAAAAGUAAAUGAUACUUUAUGUAAGCAUAGUGUCCAUACAUAACUCAUACAUAAACCUUUUUAUGACAAUUGACAUAAAAUUGCAUAUGCAUUUAUAAAGUAUUCUAACAGUCAUCAUUUGACAUCAAGACUGCUUUUGUCAAGUAACAGAUUUUUACAAAAGUACAGUUGUUCUAGGGAUUAUUUACAAUUUAUACACAGCACUAUUGAAUUCUUUACUCUAAUUGAUCAGAAGGUGUUGAUUUAUUUUCUAUAACAGCAGCUCUAAGGUUUAUAUUAAUGCACUCAUUCUAAUAUGUUAUUGUUUCUAUAGUAACAGCUCAUUUACAUGAACUUGUAUUGCUCCACAUAAUCUAAGUGUAACAAAGAAAUCUAAGUGUAACAACGAAUAUGUAUAAUUGUUGAUAUGGUAAAGUUUUCUAUUAGGAGUCGUUUAUUUAACAUGUGGAAGGAGUCUCCAGUGUCAGCGCUUACCUGCUGUGGUAUAAGAGGAAUAAAACACUUCAGGACAUACUGUUAGAGGAUAAAUAAUGAGUGAUGGAGAGGUAUGAAAGGAAGUGGGAGCAGCACACCCUGCCAUGUUUUAUUCCCUACGUAGAACAUAAUGUCAGCUGACUGUAGGCUGUAGGUCAGUGUUAAGGCAUGAAAACCUGCUUAUAACACAGUUAUGUAGCAGAGCUUCAUACACCACAGUGUAAUAACUGAGUUACGUAUAUCAUAUCUGUCCAUUAAGUAAAAAAGUUCUUCAUAUGUCUGCUUUUAUGACUUACUUUUACUUAUACUACACAGUGUCCUGUAUGUUUUCUCUGGCCCUUACGUGAGGUUUAAUUUUACAAUGUCUAAGAUUUUUCUGAAUAUUUGUGAAGAUUUUUUCUUUCGCCAAAUCAGUAUGAAUUUGUUUUUGAUGCCAUCAUCAUCAUCAUCAUCAUCAUCAUCAUCAUAUGACUCCUAUGUACCAGAAUUAAAGUGAGCUACAAAGUCAUUACUCAUUGUAACUUAAAUCAGAUCAGGAAGUGUUAUAACACAACUUCGGUCACUUGACUAAGGUGUUAUGUCAAUUUGACAACGAAAAAGGACAAAAGCAGUCUUUGUGACAGAUGUUGGAAUAAGCCUUCAUAAAUGCUUAAGUAGUUUUAUGUCAGCCGUCACGAAGACCCUAUGCAAGUGUUAUUUAUCCCUAUGUACACUUAAGUACCAUGUUGCAGAAAAUGUAAAUAUAACACGUCAGUGCUAAUGUCAAUUUGAGAGCUGCAAAAGAUUUAGAAAUCUAGAAAGAAAGUGUAUAACUGAAUUGUGAUUCUCUUAAAAAGGUUUAUUAAAAGUGUGUGAUGUGUGAAGGCAACACAUUCAUAAUUGUAUUUUUUUCUGCCAUGGAAUCCAUUAAGGAAUCAACACCAAUUACAUAACUAGAUCUUUUCCUCCAAGGGCUCUGAGACAUAUUGAAGGCUCUUCCCUACACUCUUAUGACAUAAUGAAGUUCUGGAGAUUAUUUUUCCAAAGUUAUAUAGAGACCGGAGUUUCCCCGAGGGAAAUUCGGUUAAUGUCACACAACCAGACCAUCACACAGUCGCUAUAAUGGCUUGGUCAAUAACUGAGACAUUUAUCAUUUCUCUAAAGUGCAAAAAAUCCAUCUUUUUCUCCUUUACUGAUAUCUUUUUAGGUUGUUUGUGUUUUUAUUUGUACCUAAUUUUCUCUCAUUUGUUUUUGGCAGUUCUGCUUUUUAGAUGCACAGACACUCUUAAUAAAAUGAAGCCUGCGUGCCCAAUUGCGUCAAGAAUAUUUUAGCUUCAGCCCUGAUCUUCAUUAUUACUCAAAAUAACAAGAUAUUGGAUUUUUUUUUAUUAUUGCUUUUUUUUUUUCUCUCAUUCAGUUACAUACUUCUAAAUGGUUAAAAAAAAUCUAACAUAUAUUUUUGGGUUUUUUAUGUGACACAAUUAGUGACACAGAGCAAAAUAAAAGAUCUUGUAUCAUGAAAGUCCUUCAAGUAUUGUGAUAUUUUUGCCGUAUAUUUCUUUGACAUGCUUUAUUUUGUAUCUUCAUAAAUCCUUGAAUCCAGUCUAAUUUCACCCAAUUCUCUGAACUCCUUUUGUUUCAUUAAGAGCAUCUGUUUGUCAUUGCUGUUUUGCAAAUGAUAGUUUCCAUCCUUCAAUCAGUAUCCAUUCUGUGAUAUAAAAAGUGCAUAUUCACUAGUUAUAUAUACAUGUUUUGAGGCUAUGUCAAUAUAUUUGACCUGUAUGGGAAUUUUUUAAGAAUGUAUUUUGAUUAUGGGUUCUGUUUUUGGGUUUUGGUUUGUUCAAAUGUUGCUCGUUUAGAAAUAAGAUGGGGGAAAUAUAGUUCUGAUGUCUAGUCCCUAAAUUUUCCUUUGCUUUUGGAGAAUUUGAAGCAAAUGCAUGACUCCACUGUGUCCUGUUCCUCUUAUUCAGCACUGUGUCUAAUCAACUAUUGUGACAGAAAAAAGCUUGAGGGACUAUUUCUUUGUUUUCUUUUUUUCGCUGCUGCUAAAAGAAAAAAAAAAAAAAGAACUCCAGUCACUGCUGUGAACCUGCAAAUCGUGCAACACCUGAACCUUGAAGCGUUUGUCAUUUUAACGCAUUUUCUUUAUUGCAUAUUCCAGAAUACUUUGCAUCUACUUAAUAAUAAAAUAACAUUUAUAUGUCAUGA